CAGCCUGAGAGCCACCAGCAGCAGCAGCAGCAGCAGCAGCAGCAGCAGCAGCAGCAGCAGCAGCAGCAGCAGCAGCAGCAGCAGCAGCAGCGAUGCUUUGCCGAAUGCAUCUCGCACCGUUCGCCUCCAGCUCCCUGGCCACCCGGCUGGGCACAGUGAGGACCCUCUGGCCGCACGCUGAGACCAUCUUCACUGAGCUGCAGCAGGAGAUGGAGAAAGCUCGGGAAUUCAUGAGCAGCUUCGAGCAGCUCCUGAGCAGCCACGGAGCCGCUGCCUUGGAGCGAGCCCCGAGCACCAGCGCAGCCCUGACCCAGGGCUCCGGGGAGGGCUUCUCCGUCUGCCAGGACGUGAAGAACUUUGCACCGGAGCAGCUGUCGGUGAAGGUGGUGGGCAGGAAGGUGGUGCUGGUGGGGCAGAAGGAGACGCAGAACGUCGAUGAGAAGGGCUCCUUCUCCUACAAGUACGAGGUGCUGAAGCGGGAGUGGGAUGUGCCCGAAGAGGUGGACGCCGAGGCGCUGACAUGCUCCCUGUCCAAGGAAGGGCAGCUCCGCAUCGAAGCCCCCAGGCUGGCCCUGCCGGCUGCUCCAGAGAGGAAUGUGCCCAUCCAGGUCAGCCCUGCAGCCCCACAGCCUGGACCAGCCUCCGAGGAUGGAGCCACCAACAAAGCCCAGCUGUAAUGGGAGGGGAACAGAUGGCCCGCGGCAGGACCGGACCAGACAGCAGCAAGUCUCGGGUUUUAGCCCAGACAAGCUCCAUCAGCAAUGAUGUCAUUUUUUUCACUAUACUGGAAUGUUUUUGUAUCCAAUAAAAAUACUUUUGCAUAGAA